CCCUCUACGGCAAAGCCGCGAACGGACAGCCGAUGCCACUUCCUUCUCUGCCGGCGCCUUCCCUGCCCGACCCCGCUUGCCCUCCUCUCGCCGGGAGGGAGUGCGGCCCGCGGGGCGCUGCGCCGCCCGGACCCACCCGGGGACCAGGGGCUGCCCGCAGAGCCGGAAGCUGGCCCGGCCUCGGCGCCGUCCCGAACCCCCGGUCGGCCGCGCCCCGAGGGGCGAGGCCUGCGGGCCGCACUUCGGCCCCGGAUUCGGGGCUGGAAGUCCCUCCCCGAACCCAGCAGCGGGCCUGGGAGGGAGAAGGGGCUGGAGAGGGCCUGGCCUCUCCAAGGGAUGGAGGGGACAGAGGCAGCAGCGGCCAAACCCGCGGGCAGCAGCCCCCAAGGGCCCAAGACAGGGAGUGGAAGAGCCAGCCCCAUGGAGGGGACCUCAGCUGUGGAGUGGAGUGGUCUUGAGCCACAAAUGGAUAACGGACACCCCCCAAGACCCUGGCCGUGCCCUCAGGAAAACAGAACAUCCAGCCUGAUGGCCCCCCGGCCUCCCAGAGUAUGGGGGGUACAGCUCCAAGGCCCCUCUGUGCUGGAAUCCAAGGUGAGGGCUUUGAAGGAGAAGAUGACAGCAGCGAAACAGGGAGUGAGUCCUUGCUCUGCUUCCCACGAGUGGUCAUCCCCCAAGGAACCCAAAUGCAGACGAGGCAAGGCAGGGGGAGCCGGGACUUCAUCCGAGGCGUCUUUCCUGCCAGGUACUGUGGUGGCUCCUCAUACCCAAAACCUGCCUGAUGGGCAGCUGGACGGCAGCGUCAAUGAGGAGGAACCCACCAGGGAUGGGGGCCCCGGGCCUCCCAGGCCGCCUGCCCCUGGGCGUGAGUACUGCAACAGGGGUAGCCCGUGGCCUCCAGAAGCCAAAUGGAUGCUGCCUGACCAUGAGAGAGGUCCGCUGCUGGGGCCCAGCUCUUUGCAAGAGAGCCCCAUCCAUGGAGUUACUCCCGGACGGCCUGGGGAUCCUGGUCCUUGUAACAAAAUCAUCCACAUUCCCAGCCCGAGGACAGGAAGGUCCUCCCCUUUUCCAGAUGGUGUGGUCACAGAUGCAGAUCUGGAUAGCACAUCCCUGACCUCUGAGGAGGAAUUUGUCCCCAGGACAGCCCUGCUGGGCGAGCGCUGGAGAGCUGGAGACCUGGAGGCUCUGGGCACUGGGAGCAGUGCCUUGUCCCUGUCUGAUCGGGUGGAGAGAAACCGCCUGUUGCUGCAGGAGAUGCUCAGUGUUUCUGGGCAGAGCCCCCGCAAGUUGGGAACCCCCUCCCGGACUCCAUCCUGGGACACAGCUGCAUCAGAGCGACCAGUGGGGGAUGUGGACUGGGCCUUGGGCACCUCCUUGCAGGACUCCAACGAGAACAGGACCGUUGGUCCCAAGCCGGAGCCUGUGCUGAGCCCCAGGCAUGAGGAAGCCACGCAUCUGCUGCAGCAUGCCCGCAUGAAGGCCAGGACCCGGCCCCUCCGUGCCAGCCAUGACAUUGUGCCCACCAUUACCCAGGGCAGCCGAGAUGGCCACAGAAGCCCAGCCCGGGACCCCAGGACGACCCUUGCCUGCAUAGACAACCUCCAGAACGGGCACACGAGCGAUUCCUCCAGUGGAGAGUCCGGCGGCGGGCAGAGGCCGAGGCGGGGCCCCUCGCUGUCGCACGUGCGUUUUGAGGAUGAGUCGGCCCGCGAAGCUGAGUUCCGCCACCUGGAGCGGCUGCAGCAGCGCCAGCGCCAAGUGCUGAGCACCGUGCUGCAGGCCGUGGACCAAGGCCCCCUGCGCUCCAAGCCCGACCUCGCCGACUACAUCAACGGGGCCCCCCGCCUCCGGGACGCGGGGCAGGGGGCAUUCCACCGGCUUGUGGGCAGCCUGGACCGCAGAGGACCCCCGGCGCCGCCGGCACGGGGCAGCGAGAAGAGGUGCCAGGCCUGCGGCAGCUGCAUCGACGACCCGCGCCCCGCCCAGGGGAAGGCGUCCCCCGACCCCAGGACCCUCCAGGAGCUCCAGGCUGCCCGUGGGAUGGAGAGGGUGCUGGGUGGCCUGAGCUCCCCACUCCGGCUCCUUCCUGCAGAGCCUGGGCUCCGCAUGGAAUGGAUCCGAGAAACACACAUCGGAGACACCGUGUGCCCUGCGGAGGUGGAUUCUGCCCUGGACAGCACAGGCAACUCUGACAGCUGCAGGACGGACAGUGAGGAGGCGGGGACCUCUCAGGCUGGCGAGGCGUGUAGGCGGACCCUAGGCAGCAGCCCGCGACUGCGACUGCGGGGCUCCAGGCCUCGAGGCCACAGGUGGUCCAAGAAGGCUGAGGCGGAGCUACCUUGGGGCCUUCAGGCCCAGCAACACCUGCCUAGGGCUGAUGAUACGGAGGUGGAAAACGAGGUGAAGGAGGGCAGAGGACACACGCCUGGGGGAACUCUAAUUUUGAGAGAAGAUGCUGUCCCUAAGCCUCCUGACCUGGAGUUGAGGCGGGUGCCCCUGGGACCCCAGUGGCAGCCUGGACCACAGCUGGAAAGUCACCAGGCUCCCCUUUUGGAUUCCCGGACUCCAUGCAGGACAGCCUAUGCCACCACCUCCCCCAUGACACCUGAAUCACCGGGGCCAGGAGGCCAGGCCCAGGUUAUAGAAAGCCACGAGUCCCUGGAAAUGGUCUCUCCUUCCUCCCUGCAACAGAGCCAUGCAGAGCCUUCUGCCCUGCACCAAGCCCGGCAGCCAACAGUUUCCUUUUGUCCUGAAGGCUGGGUGCCAACCCCACCCCCUUCAAGGAAAGCCACCUCACCGAUGUCUCACAGGAAGGCAGCCCUGGCUGGAUCGUGCAGGCCGGGUGACCAGGGAGAACCUGUGGGUAUCCCCCGGCCUCCUUCAAGAAGCACGAUUCUCAGGACCUGCGAGCUGCCCCCAUCACAGACCCAGCCCAGCUGCCCUCAGGUCAGGCACCCACUCCUGGCCCUGUCUACCAACAACUGCAACAACAGCGCACCUCGGGGGCUGCAGGAGCCCUACCGGGGAGCCGUCCACGAGGGUAGGGUGGAGAGGGGCCCCUGCAGCCGGGAGCCGGAGCCGCCCCUGGACAACAGCAGAGAUGGAGGAUCCCAGGGCUUUCCCGGCUCAGCAGAUGUUGCCACCAUCAACUCCACGGGCAUCACCCUCGCCCUGUCCUCAGAGGAGCCAGAGUCCAGCCAGGAAUCAGAGGGAAGCCUGCGGAGGACAGGGUCGGGAUCUGGAGGACAUGUGCUGUCAAGAGCAUCAGCAGGGGCUGACACAGGACCUGGCUCCCCCUUGGCUGCCCCUUUGGACCAGAACAAGAAAAGGAGCAGCAGCAUCACCUCCACCUUGGGUCUGAAAAAGCUCUUCUCAGCCCUCGGCCAGAGUUCCCGGCCCAAGCUGGGCAAGUCCCGCAGCUACAGUGUGGAGCAGCUGCAGCCCGCCGUGCCUGGCCUGGCGUCACACUCCAGGGCCCCAUCGUUACAAUCCCUGCACCCGGUGUCACCCUCUCACCAGCGUCGGAAAGCUGCCUCUUUUCAGAACCUCCAUUCUCUGCUGAGCGGCAAGGGGGAACGGUCCAGCCUCUACCUGGUAGCGGGGCCAGGGGACCACAGUGCAGCUGGCAGGCCGGCCAAGGCUUCACCACGGCGUGCCCUCAGCGUGGAGGACGUGGGUGCUCCCAGCCGGGCUCGCACCGUGGGCCGCCUGGUGGAGGUGUUCCCUGAUGGCACGAGCCAGCUGCAGCUGCAGCGCUCCCCGGGGGGCACUUUCGGCUUCUGUGUGGCCUCUGGGAAUGGGCGCCCAGACUCAGGGAUCUACGUGCAGGAGAUGGCUGACAUGAGCACGGCCAAGCUGUACUCAGGGCUGCUGGGGGUGGGCGACGAGAUCCUCGAGAUGAAUGGGGCCAAGGUGGCAGGGCUGGGGUUGGCUCACAUUAAGGAGCUCCUAGCCCACUCAGAGAGCUUGUCAAUCCGUGUCUUGAGGCAGAGACCUGUCCCACGGUGA